AUGUACAGCGACAACGGGACGAACUUCACGGGCGCGGAAAACGCGUUAUCGCAGUUGGACUGGGACGAAAUAACCAAGAAUUCUGCCGUGCAAAGAAUAGUUUGGCGGUUUAAUCCCCCUAGUGCUACGUGGUGGGGUGGAUUUUGGGAACGUUUGAUUGGUGUCAUGAAACAGUUACUACGUAGAGUUUUAGGCCGAGCUAGUCUAAAUUUUGAAGAUCUUUUGACGGUAAUAUGUGAUUGCGAAGCCGCGAUCAAUUCUCGACCACUUACGUACGAAUCAGAUGAUCCAAAAGAGUUAAUAGCUAUUACACCGGCAAUGUUUUUAAUCGAUCAAACGGGAGAUGGUUUACCGGAUUGUGACAUUAUUGAUAGGUCUUCAUUGUGUCGGAAGUUAAGAUAUAAACAAAAGCUACGGGAUGAUUUACGCCGAAGGUUUAGAAACGAGUAUCUCGGGCAACUAAGAUCGUUCUGUGAUAAAAAACCGGGUCGACAAAUAGAACGAGGUGAAGUCGUUUUAAUCGGGAAUGACCAAGAUAAACGUAUAGACUGGCCGCUCGGACGCGUGGUUGAAUUACUUCCGGGACGGGACAACCAGAUCCGACUAGUCAGACUGGUGACUUCGAGGGGAAGUUUGCUGAGGCCUGUUCAACGUCUUUACCCUUUGGAAUGCAUUGAAACAUCGCCAUCGUUUGAAACCAGAGCCAGUGUCCCGACUUCUUCGUUGGUUCCAGGGAAAAAAAGGGUGGUUAAAAGUGCGGGAGUGUCUUGUGAAAAAAGCAGAGUACCCGUUAAAACGCGUAGUGGACGUGUGUGUAAACCGCCCCAAAGGUUUUCUUAUUAG